CACACACACACACACACACACACGCUUGCUUGCUUACUUACUUACUUACUUCACUGGCCAUACUGCCAAAAAAGUCCAUCCUCCGCCCUCCCCUGCUAACUUCCUUUCAGCAUUUCCUGAACUGGAUAAUCCCAGAAUUUGCAAAAGCAGAGGAAAGGGGAAAGUGAGAGAGACUGCAUGAAGGAAGGAAGUCAAUGCCUUGUUCUCCUAAUACUGUCCGAUAACCCUAAAACAGAGUAAGGAGUUUAAAAUGUAGAGCCUACAUAGAUUUGUAGCUUUUCAUCAGUUUUGUAUUCUCCCCCCCACUUUUUUUUACAAGUUUAUUGGAGGGGAAAUGGAUUUAGAGCGUCUGGUUUUUUUUUCUAUGAAAGACCCAGCUUGAUUUAAUUUGAAGGCCAGCUUCAUUUGAUUUGUUGGGAUGCAUCAGCAAGGAAGAACCUCAGCCAAAAUCUGAUCUCCGUUGCCAGUUCUGCUGGAGACACUGGUUUCUUAACUCCCUCAUAGAGAACCAUCCUGAACCUGGGCUACAAACUAUAUGCUGCUUCCUGCUGGAGAUCUCCGUAUGUACUGAUCGUUCCCUUCUACAGCAGCCUUAGCUGCAACAGCUUAACAUCUGGUGGAGAUUAAUGUUGAGGCAUCCGGCUGAAAGUUCUGGGCUUUCAAUGUUGCUGACUAGAAACGGGACUCAAACAACACAAAUCUGAGAAGAAGAGGGGAGAACUUUUUAACUUAUUUGGUGUAAAAAGGGGGUGGGGGGAAGAAAGGAGGGGGUAAUCCUCUUUUUUUGGAACUAACUCAUGAAGAACAAGGCAGGAAAGGUGAAACUCAAGAGGAAAGGAGCCACGAACGUCUUUGGCUGCGAGCUGAGUGAAUAUCUGGAAAGUUCUGGACAAGAUGUUCCUAUAGUACUGAAGAGCUGUGCAGAGUUUAUUGAGACUCAUGGAAUUGUGGACGGAAUCUAUCGGCUCUCUGGUGUGACAUCCAACAUUCAGAAACUGAGACAAGAGUUUGGCUCAGAUCAAUGCCCAGACCUGACCAGAGAAGUUUACCUACAAGAUAUUCACUGUGUUGGAUCACUUUGCAAGUUAUACUUCAGGGAACUGCCAAAUCCUCUUCUCACAUAUGAACUUUACAAGAAAUUCACGGAAGCAGUCUCGUGCCUCUCUGAGAAAGAGCAGUUGGCCCAGAUUCAUAAUGUUAUCCAGGAACUUCCACCCUCACAUUAUAGGACCUUGGAAUACUUAAGCAAGCACCUGGCACUUCUGGCAUCCUUCAGCGGCAUGACCAACAUGCACACCAGAAACCUGGCUUUAGUGUGGGCACCUAAUCUCCUUAGAUCAAAGGAGAUUGAGGCGGAGGGCUGCAAUGGAGAUGCAGCUUUUUUGGAAGUGCGAGUCCAACAGUUGGUGAUAGAGUUCAUAUUGAACCAUGUGGAUGAGAUCUUCAGUGACAACGUUUGUAUCAGGCCAAAGGAUAAUGAAGAGAAUAAACCUGUGAUGAAGAGCCUAACUUUACCUUCCACUCCUCUGCCAAUGAAGCUGGUAAGCUUGGAAGAAGCUCAGGCCCGAAGCCUCUCAGCCUGUCACCCUGCCCGCAAAGAGCGAAGGGAGAACAGUUUGCCAGAAAUUGUUCCAGCCACAGGCUCCUUUUACCAUACUGUCCUUGAUCUACCAGACAGCAAGAGAAAAUUAUCCACAAAGUCCAAGAAAUGGAAGUCUAUUUUUAAUCUGGGCCGGUCAGGAACAGAAGCUAAAACUAAACUGAGCCGCAAUGGAAGUGUGUUUGUUCGAGGGCAAAAAUUAUCUGAGAAAGCAACCAUUCGGCCAGCUAAAAGCAUGGACUCACUUUGUUCACUUCCAGUAGAAGGAGAGGAUGAAAAAGGUCAUUUCAAGCGCACAAUCACAAGUGGAGGGUUUUUUGUUCCAAUGAUGAAACAACGAGUGGGAGGACCUAGCAGCUCCUUUGACCUCAACAAGCAAGACACAGAGUGGGAUCUCAAAGGUGCCAUGAAAGGUGCUGAAGGAGGAGCAGAGGACAAUGCAGAGAAUCAUAUUCUACGGCCAACCCAAAUGAAACCACUUCCUGAGCAACUGAAGGUAUUCCGCCCCACUGAAGACCCUGAGAAUGAGCAAACCUCCCCAAAGAUGUGCCGUAUGUUUUAUACUUCAAAUAAUGAGACAUCCAAUUUGGGAUUCCAUGGGACCCUAUUCCCCCUGGAAGCCUCUCCCCGUCACCAACAUAAAGCCUUGAAUAUCUCGGAGCCUUUUGCUGUCUCAGUGCCCCUUAGAGUAUCUGCAGUCAUCAGUAUCAACAGUACACCUUGUCGGAUGCCUGUCAAAGACAAAGCAGCUUUCUCUAGCCUUCAGGAAUCCUCUUUUCUGGGAAAAGGAAGUGCUAUCUCUUCAGUCCCUGAAGGUGACAACUGUGACCAAUUAGAGCAUGUCACAGUCAAGGAAGAAAAGAAGCCUGAGUCCAAAUCCAUAACAGGUGGUUGAUGAUCAUUCCAACACUGUGAUGAAACCACUGUGGCCAGAUAUUCAACAAGAGCUGAAAAUUGUUGAAUCUGAGGAGGAGUUUCCGUGUACUGGAAGUGCUUUAAAGACAGACGAACAAGGGGAGUUUAAACCAAAUCUUACAUCCAUUGCAUCUUCAGAAACAAAGAGUUUAGUGUGUAGUUCUCUUCUGCAACCAACUCCCCCCAAAGAAGAAAACAUAAUUGGAGAUCCAUUGGCUAUACCUGACAUUCUUUCCAAAGAAUCGAAAGAUGUACAACUUUGCAACUCUGAGACAUACAGAAAGCAGAGUGGUAUUUCCUUCACCUCAGUGAAGCUGCAAAAUAGUCCAUGUUCAAAAAAUUGCCCACAAGAUGAUAAUACAAAAAACGACCUUCCAUCUCAAUCCCCAAAUUGGAAGUUUCCAUCACAACUAAAAGAAAACACAGCUUUUUCAACAGACAAGUCAUCAUAUUCCAAAGAAAAUAAUUUAGAUCAGCCAAAAUGUGAAAGUAAGAAUCGGCUUCUUCAACUAGAGAAAAAAGUUGAAACAACAGCCCAGUUAGAAAAAAGCAGUGACAUAUUUUCAGAGAGAGAUCUAACCAAUUCAAAGAUCCAAUGUAGAGCUGAAGUCCCAUGGGUCAAAGGGGGCAGAAUAAAUAAUCAGAACUCUGCUAACCGACAGGAGGAAGAUACAUGGAGUGACCAUGUCCAUAGUUUAGAGUUACUAGAGCCAUGGGAAGAUCAUCAGUGGGUCACCAGUCCACUUCAUUCUCCUACCUUGAAAGAAACGCAAGGGAAGGCACUUCAGGAGUUUCAGCCACAUAACCAAGGAAUAGCCCAAAGCCAUUUGAAGAAACCAUGUUUCAGUCGCAGCUUUUCCUUAGAUAGUAAAGAUUUUUUGAAAGCUCAUUGGGCUAUAGAAAUACCUUUAGCUAAUGCACAUGAAGAACAGCUUUGUGGUAACCUAGAACAAGGAAUGAAGGAAUAUUCACCAGGACAGUGGAAAGAAAGUUUUCAGAAAGCUGAAGCUUGGCUGAAUUGUUUAAAGGAAACUUCAAACUCACAUGAAAAACACAUGAAAUAUCUAAGUCAUCAAGCAGGCUUUGCAGCAACGGAGCUGCCUUCUGGUCUUGAAGGAUUGCCCAGUGCUGCCUGUAAAGCAUUGGUUAAGAAGAAAGUGCCUAAAGAUGAAAAAAAUCAAGAAAACAUGAAGCUAGAUUCUCCUUCAUCACAAUUUAAUACUGAGGUCAGUUUAUUAAAUUCAAACUGCACAGGAAAGCAUGCAACUAAUAUUCAACAGAAUGACAGACCUGGAGUUCCUGUUAUGAAAGGACCAUGUUGUACUAAAGAGCUGCAGAUCAAGAAAGAUGAAGACAUUCCAUGUAAAGGAAAGCCAAGGCCCUCUUCUCUCAACCUGGAUUCUGUCCUUCCACUCGCCAGCCUUUUUAAUUUUGACAACUUGUCUUUCCCCUCUUCACCCAGGCACUUUCUCUGCGGGCAGAAAGAAGCUAAGUCUAGUGAUUCUGCGCCAUCCCUUCCUGUUGUUUGUCCAAGUGAAAAUAAAGCUGACCUUUGGGGGUCACACUUUGAUCCCCAAGACUUAGACUUAGAAUACAUAAUGAUGGCUCAUGCUACCACCGGUCGUCGUAAUUCUGCCCCUGUAAGUGUUUCAGCGGUAAGAACAUCUUUCAUGGUUAAGAUGUGUCAGGCUCGAGCUGUGCCAGUAAUUCCACCAAAGAUUCAAUAUACCCAAGUUCCCCAACCUUUGCAGACACAAAACCCCAACUGUAGAAUCUCACUGGCAUCCGAGAAUAAAGAAACAGAAGUCAAGAAAAGUCUAAUCAAGCCCAUUCAAAAUGCUCAGGGUCAGCUGCAACUCCCAAAGAGUCCAUCACUUGAUGGGAUGGGAAAAGAAAACAACAAUACACUCAUUUUGGAUUCAGCUGCAGCUAGAAAAGCCGAACCAUCUUUUCCCAAUCAUAAUACUACUCAGGAUGCACCAAUUCUUCGGCGAAAGAGAACCUCUGAAGGAGAAACCACUGGAGAUACUCCACAGUCCUCAAAAAUGGAGAGGCCAUCUGGGGUUUCAAAGCCUUCUUACAGGUCUAGACCAGGAAGACCCCAGAGCCUUAUUCUAUUUAGUCCUCCCUUUCCUAUCAUGGACCAUCCCUCUUCAGCAGACUCUAGAGUAUUGUUGUCUCCCAUAAGAAGCCCUACACAGAGCCCUUCUCCAAGUCCAAUUUUGAAUGAUUUAUUAGGGGCAGCCCCAGAGGGUGUCACUCUUCGUAACAAGAUGACCAUUCCAAAGAAUGGCCAAAGACUAGAGACAUCUACAAGUUGCUUUUACCAACCACAGAGGAGGUCUGUAAUUCUGGAUGGAAGAAGCGGGCGUCAGAUUGAAUAAUGUCUUUCAAUUUCUCUUCCCUGGUGGAUGAGAUAUACUGGUAACACUGCGAACUUUGAAUAUGAUGCUAUUAUUGCUAAAUGCUUAUUACUAAAACAGUAAUUGUUGAUUUCAACAAUCCUUAAUUUUAUACUUUGUCACAUUUAAUAGAUGAAAUUAUCCCACAGGUGAAAGCAACAUUUUACUGCAAGGAAAGGCAGAGGUAAAAGGUGUCUAGAAAUGUAUUCCUUUAUAAGACAUUCUCAUGCUUCUGCUUCCCACCAACAGAUAUGAAUCAUCUCAACUAAUGUUCCUUUCCAUGAUCUUGCUUAUUGCCUUCCUAUAAUGUUGAAAUGCUAAGUAUUGGGGCGUUCAGUCCUGGUAUGUAUUAAGAACAGCAGUCCUGCUCCAUGCAUCUAUGUUCACACCUACAAGGAGUAUUGUCAAAAGAAUAAUGUGCAUACUGGGCACUCAAAUAAGUGGUGAGAGAGGAAUGCUGAUGUGUUUGAGUGAAACCUAUUUUGAUAAGCUAUUAUUAUUAUUAAAAACACCAAUUAUAUCUUACUUUUCUCUAAAUGGACUUUAAUACUGAUUAUAGAAGAUUGUACAAAUAGUCAUACAGUGUAAAAUAUCUGCUCUGUCAAUAAUUGGAAGAUUUAAUGAUGUAAUAGUAGGGAUUGAACCCACUCCAGUUGAUAUUCAUCCUUCUUCAAAAGCACUAAUUUGCUAUCUGUGUAGCAGUGUCACUUUAGGUAGCUGCUAAAUAAAGUGAUAGGGCAGUCAUAAUAAGCUUCAAUCCACUUAUUAGAACAUUAUAGCAUACUGAUGUUUAUUGAAAACAUUAUAAUAUGAUUUUCUCUACACCAGCCCCAGUAUGGCUGUUUUGCAAAUUAGAUUGAAUUUAAGUUGCUACCCAACUUGCAUCAAUAAGUGACACAAAGUAAAUUUCAAUUAGCAAAUAAAUUCCACCCCAAAUGUCUGGUUGCAAGUUAUUAAAUCAGAAUUGGGGGUCUGAAGAUCUAUCAAGAAUGACUUACAUGUGUUUGAUUUUGUUGUCUCAUUGACUCUCAAUAUCAUAGUCUAGAACCACAUAUUCACAAAACACAAUUGAACUAGAGCUAGGACAGAAAAUAUGUAGACAAGUGACUUUGUUGUGAAAAUAUGUGACAAGUGACUUUGGUAUACAUAUAAGAUACUGAAAUGGCAUAUAUUGUAAUUUCACUAAUACUUAUUUUGACACAUGUAUUUCUACCUAGAAUUCCAACUUUGAUUUUGAGAAUAAGUUGCUUCACAUAACAAAAUGAGCACCUCUUACUUUUGAAGUCUUUUAUAAACCCCUCUUUCUUUUUUUACUUUUCAAUAAAGUUUAUGUAAGGAAGUUUGAAAUAAUAGCAAAAGAGGAUUGGAAGUUCUAAAACAUUGUGGUUCUCUCCUUAUAACAGAGUAAUGGGUGACACGAUCUUUAUUUGUGCAUUGUUAAGAACCAAAAAAAACCCCUUAUUUUAAUUGGAGAGAAUUUAAUUGAAGAGAAAUUCAACUACUUAAUUGAAAAGAAAUUCAGCUAAACACAACUGGAAUGCUAUGAAUUUUUAAGAUUUUUAAGAUUCAUUUUGAGAAUAAAUCAGUUUCUCCAUUUUAGGAAACAUAGAACAAGAGGUUCUGCUUUUUGCAUCCUUAGAUUUGGUCAAGGCUUGGUAUGUUGCUUAUAGUAGUUAGCAAAGAAGGGAAAGCAAAAAACAAAGUCCCCCCCCCCUGGUCCUAUAAUGCCCAAGGACAGAAGGAAGGGCACUGUGUGCUGUGGAAGAAAUAGGUUAAUGGAGUGAAGCAGAAUGCUGAAUUAGAAGGAAAGUUGUUAGUACAUUAUACCAUUUCUGGGAUUACAAAAAUAAUUUACUUGCUCAAUGAAUGGUAUCAAGAGAGAAAGAAAGAUUUGCAGUAGUUACCUGUGGGAUGGUUUGUUCUUUUGCUUAAGUAAUGCCUAGGAUUUGCUUUAAGCAAGGUAUAUUGACUAUUUUCCUAGUGACAGAUAUAUUUUCUAAAAAUGUGCUAUAGAAAUAUAUUAAAAUACAGUAUAAUUAAGACCUAAGAAGCUGUCUCUAAAUAGCACUGCAUGUCUGAAUAUUGGACAAAGCCAGUGUUUAGAAAUUAGUUGCAAACUCCUGUUGUGUAGGUUUCCCACACUUUUGAUAGAGAAAGAUCAUCAAAUGCCCUGUCUGCUAACCGUGGAGUCUGUUCUUCCUGAUCUUUUUUCCUGCGAUUGUUCUUCAUAUCAACACAGGACUUUAACAACUAUUGCUAAACUCAUCUGAAACAGAUCUCACUCAAAAAAGUAAAUCUUCCAAUGAUUUCAUGGCAAUGGUCCCUGGGGUAAUGGUGGUGAAGAAUUGUUUUAUGAGAUGAGAGAUAUGAUUAAGAAACUAGAAAAGUGCUUGUAUAUCACUUUGCAUCCUUAGCACUGUUUUACUUCAAUUUCUUGUCAGUUUCGAUUCUUGGGUGCACACACAGACAUACACACAAUUUCAGUUGAGAUUGGGGAAAUUAUGGGCAAAUUUUUAAAAUGGAUGGGAUUCUUCUUCCAUUGUGUUCUAUUUAAAAAAAGGCAUAACUUUGGGGGAGUUUGAAGGUGGAGGAAAAGGGGAGGGCUGCACUUAGUUUUUUCAGUGGCAUUCUGAGAACAACAGUCCAGACGUUAGAUCAAGGAUAAAAUAAAAUAAAAUUGAUUUCAUUUCAUUCAAAAGUGAAUUCGGUUAAUGGGGAUUUUCUGAACAUGUAUUAAAUGUAAAAAUGUUCCCAUGCAUUUUUUAGUUUUCUUCCUUCUUUCAUAGUAUUAAUCACAACUUGUUGGCAACUUUUGAAGGGACACAUCCACUGUAGUCAAAGCAUUCAAGGUCCUUCUAUGGCUCUGAGGUCUCAAGCUGUGCAUCUUUCCUGUAUAUGAAAAAUGCUGCAUGCCAUGUUAGAUUGCUUAUAACAUUUUAACUGCAAUUCUUUAAGAUACAAGUAUACUUUUUUCAAGAUUUGUUUCUGAUAAUUUUAUUAAAUAAAACAAAUUUCAGUUGAGGAUAAA